GCAAAAAGCAGGAAUUUUUGCUUUUCCUCCUUCCUCCCUUUCACUCUCUUUAGGCCUUUAACAACACUACACAAUGCUGCAGAGUGUGCAGAGUUACAACAGAGGAGCAAAACUAAAGGAAAGAAUGCAGCAAGAAGGAAAUGGUGGGGGAGAGGUAGAGCGACCCUUUUGGGAUCUCGCAGAUGAAUUUAUGGGAGCAUAGAGAUCUGUGUUGGUAAACGAAGGGGCCCUGCAUUUUGGCGUUUGCUUAACGGAGAAGACAACCUCAGUCGCAGAAAUCAAGGGUGGGUGGUUCUAAUUCGAGAAAUUAGGGGCAGUUCUUGCUAAUGCUGCUUUGUGGACUCCCUUUUUCUCGCUCUCACUGUCCCUAAAGCUCAAAAGGUCCGGUUUUGGUGUGGUGUUGAAGCUUUGCCGUUGUGGGUCGAUAAGAAAGGAGGGAAAAAGUGGGGUGUUUUUAGAAAGCUCGAGGCUUGUUGCUUGCUCUGGUUGCUCUCGAAGCUCGCUGUAAGCUCAGGCUUCUCUGCUUUCAUGCCCGUUGAAGGUAUCUAAUUAGUGCUGAUAGUGAACUAAGAUGGGGGAGAUGUGGAGUUGUGGAGAUUACUGAAAUGGGUCUUCUGAGCUUUGGAUCCAGUGACUUCAUUCGCAGGGUGAAGAGAAGGAACUGCUUCAAUUCGAAGAGCAAGCCAGAAUCCCUCUGAUAAACACAAAUAUGAGGCAAAAGACUACACUUCUCGGAGUGCUACCUUUCCUCGUGCACUUAAUUAUCCUCCUCUCUCAUAUAAAUGGCGACAUAAAUUCUGAUAAACAAGCUCUCCUAAAUUUCGUCAGUUCUGUUCCUCACGCAAGGAGACUUAACUGGACUUCCACUUCUCCUAUUUGCUCUUGGGUUGGAGUCACUUGCGACGAUGCAGGUUCCCAUGUGAUUGCACUCCGUCUCCCUGGGAUUGGACUUAUUGGUCCAAUCCCUCCCAACACAAUCGGUAAGCUUGAUGGUCUCAUAUCACUUAGCCUCAGAUCAAACCGCCUGAGUGGAAACCUUCCUUCUGAUAUACUCUCCCUGCCUUCGCUCCAUAACAUCUUCCUUCAAAACAACAACUUCUCGGGUGAAAUCCCAUCGAACUUCUCUUCGAAGCUUUCAGUAGUCGACCUCGCAUACAAUUCUUUCUCUGGAGAAAUCCCACCUACCAUUCAAAAUCUGACCCACCUUACUAUUUUAUACCUCCAGAACAAUUCUCUUACUGGGCCUAUUCCCAAUAUUGAUGUUACUCAGUUAAGAGCUUUAAACUUGAGCUACAAUGGCCUGAAUGGUUCAAUCCCAACUCCCCUUCGGAAGUUUCCGCCUUCUUCUUUUGAAGGAAACACUCUACUCUGUGGAUCACCCUUAAGAGGGUGUGCUUCCAUCUCUCCCUCGUCUCCUCCUUCCCCUCCUGUUCCGCAGAAGCCGAGGCCCUCAAAGAAGAAGCUGAGUCUCGGGAUUAUAAUCGCCAUUGGAGCAGGUGGAGUGCUACUACUGUGUCUCUUACUCUUGAUACUCGUCCUAUGUUGUCUGAAGAAGAAGAAAAGCCGAGAAGACGGCCCUUCUGCAAAGGGGAAAGCUGUAAGGGCUGAGAAGUCAGAGGAGUUCGGGAGUGGGGUCCAGUCGGCUGAGAAGAACCGGUUAGUUUACUUCGAGGGCUGUUCUCAUACUUUCGAUUUAGAGGAUUUGCUCAAAGCUUCAGCAGAGGUUCUCGGCAAGGGGACCUGUGGAACUACCUACAAGGCCAUCUUAGAGGACGGGAUUACUGUGGUUGUGAAGAGGCUGAAGGAACUUGUAGCAGAGAAAAGAGAGUUUGAGCAGCAGAUGGAGAUUGUCCAAAGAGUCGGGAACCACCCGAAUGUGAUUCCACUUCGCGCAUACUAUUACUCAAAGGACGAGAAGCUUCUCAUUUAUGAUUUCAUACCGGGUGGAAGCUUCUCCUCAUUAUUGCACGGCAGGGGAACCCCGUUAGAUUGGGGAUCAAGAGUGAAGAUUUGUCUUGGGGUAGCCAAAGGGAUUGCUCACAUCCACUCGUCCGGGCCCGGGAAGUUCAUCCAUGGUAACAUCAAAUCCUCGAAUGUCCUCCUCACGCAAGAUCUCCAAGGUUGCAUUUCCGAGUUCGGGCUUAGCUCGAUGAUCCGCUCCCUUGUGGUCCCACCAAGGCACGCAGGCUACCGAGCCCCUGAGGUCAUGAAGACCCAAAAGCCCAGCCAGAAGUCUGAUGUCUAUAGCUUCGGGGUCCUCCUCCUGGAGAUGCUCACAGGAAAGUCGCCGGUCCAGUCUCCUCGGAGGGAGGAUGUGUUCGACCUCCCCAGGUGGGUCCAGUCGGUCGUCCGAGAAGAGUGGACCGCUGAGGUGUUCGACGAGGAGCUCCUCAAGGAUCGGAACAUUGAAGAGGAGCUGGUGGAGAUGCUCAAGAUAGCUCUGGCUUGUGUGUCUAGGAUGCCCGACUCGAGGCCGACCAUGGAUGAGGUCAUCAAGAUGAUCGAGGAUGUCCGGCCCUCUGAUUCCGAGAACCUCCCAUCAUCAUCGUCAUAGGACUCACACAGAAGGAUUCAGAUUGCAUCCCCUCAAGUGUUGAUUAGUGUGUGCGGUUGGAGAUUCCAUUUGAAGAUGUGCUAGUCCGAUUGAUUUUGAUUAACCCGAGUUCGACUGACAAUAAAAGGCAUCAGAUUGUGUUGUUUUCCAUUUAACAUUUUGUGUUCUGACAGAUUCAUUGAGGUUGUUGAUUCUCACCCCA